CUUCACGACGACCAACUUGCGACCCAGAAUCCCUCAUCUUCAACUGUGGUGUGAGUGUUUCUUUUUUCCAUCGAUCUGUGCUGUGUGUCUGUCCCCUAGAGAGAGUCCCUAUCACCAUGGCGGAGACUACCGAACCACAGAAGCUACGCAAGUCCGUCGCCUUUAGCGAAGGUACCGUCAUCAUGGAUACCAAAGGAGAGGUCACAGAGGCGCCUCAGGUUGAGAAGCCUGUCGCCGAAGAGGCCGGCGACAAGUCCGUCGACGAGGUCACCGAGAUGUUCAAGGGCCUGACGAAAAAGAAGAAGAGCAAGAAGCCCAAGGAGGGCGAGGCCGGCGAAGGCGACGAGGAGACCCCCACAGCGGCCGGCGACGAGUUCGACCCGACGGCGCUGAAGAAGAAGAAGAAGAAGAAGACCAAGAAGGUGGACGACUUCGAGGCCAAGCUGGCCGAGGCCGGCAUGGGCGAGCGCGAGGAGACCGCCGACGGCGAGCCCAAGGAGGAAGAGCUGCCCGAGGGCGAUCUCGAGGCCGGCACGGGCAUCUGGGCCCACGACGCCACGCAAUCCAUCCCCUACUCGCUGCUCGUCUCGCGAUUCUUCUCCCUCAUCCAGAGCCACCACCCGGAUAUGCUCUCCAGCGGCACCAAGUCCUACAAGAUCCCGCCCCCGCAGUGUCUGCGUGAGGGUAACCGUCGUACCAUCUUUGCCAACAUUGCCGAUAUCUGCAAGCGCAUGAAGCGGUCCGACGACCACGUCAUGCAGUUCCUGUUCGCGGAAUUGGGUACCAGCGGUAGUGUGGACGGUUCGCGACGAUUGGUCAUCAAGGGUCGUUUCCAGCAGAAGCAGAUUGAGAACGUCCUGAGAAAAUACAUCGUCGAAUACGUCACCUGCAAAACCUGCCGCAGCGGCGACACUGAGCUCAACAAGGGCGAGAACCGUCUGUACUUCGUCACCUGCAAUUCGUGCGGUUCUCGUCGUUCCGUCGCGGCCAUCAAGACCGGUUUCCGUGGCCAAGUCGGCCGCAGAAAGAGACAGGGUUAAACGGGCUCAAAAAAGCUUUUUGUCUUUGUCCUAUUUUGUUUUCUUGGGGAAGAGGUUGUGUGUACGGAAGCAGAGCUGGCUACCUCGUGUAGCGUCCCCCCUCUUUACUCUUACUCUCUCUCUUCCUGGCGAUUCACGGUUUUUGAUUCUCCCCCAUUACUUCUUUCGUACAAAGAUUUUCUUCUUAUGUUUCUUGCCUUCUCGUUGUGGGUCGUGUUAAGUGUGGGGGGAACGAAAUUUUGUUGGCUAAGAGGUUAGUGUUAGGGGUAGGAGAUGGGGGAGUUCCUUAAAAGCUUUCAGAGACGAUGUGAAGAUUUAGCAUGGCAUCAAUGAAAUGACUGGUACAU